UUUUUUUUUUUUUUUUUUUUUGCCAAUCGCCAUCCCACGACAGCCUACCCGGAGGAAAAGGAGUCGGGGAGGGGGAAAGCGAGGACACACCCGCACUUACUGUACCCGGUGUACACGGCGAGGAUGCUGCAGACAACAUGAGCUGGUUAUUCACCUUUCUGGAGUCCAGCAGGAGCUUCAACUCACAUCAGAUAUGGAGAAUAUGUCUGCAGUCAGAUCCUAGGUGACAUCCUGUGGCCGUCAGGUCUUUACAGUGUUGAGCCCCCUCCCUCUCCUGGCCCCUGCCUGCAGUUCUCCAGGCUGCAGGACCCAGACUCACUGAAAAGUGCAGGCCUCCUCUCCCUGCAGAAUGACUGUUGCCACAGGCGACCCCUCUGACGAGGCGGCUGCACACCCGGGGCACCCGCAGGACUACGACCCGGAGGCUGACCAUGAGUGUUGUGAGAGGGUGGUCAUCAACAUCUCAGGGCUCCGCUUUGAGACUCAACUCAAAACCCUCUCCCAGUUCCCAGAGACUCUGCUUGGGGACCCCAAAAAGAGGAUGCGGUACUUUGACCCACUGAGGAACGAGUACUUUUUUGACAGGAACAGACCCAGCUUUGACGCCAUAUUGUAUUAUUACCAAUCAGGGGGGCGGCUAAGAAGGCCGGUCAACGUCACCCUUGAUAUUUUCUCAGAGGAGAUUCGCUUCUAUGAGCUGGGCGAUGAGGCCAUUGAGAUAUUCAGAGAAGACGAGGGUUUCAUCAAGGAGGAGGAGCGGCCUCUUCCUGAUAAUGAGUUUCAGAGACAGGUGUGGCUGCUGUUUGAGUACCCAGAGAGCUCAGGUCCUGCUAGGAUUAUUGCCAUAAUCUCUGUCAUGGUCAUCCUGAUAUCUAUCGUCAGUUUCUGCCUGGAGACCCUCCCCAUUUUCCGCAACGACGAAGAUGAUAUGUACAAGGCUCACACGAAAGUCUUUUCACCUGAGACCAACACUACAAUAAUCAGCUAUACAUCCACCUACUUCACUGACCCAUUCUUUAUCCUGGAGACUCUCUGCAUUAUAUGGUUCUCCUUUGAGUUUCUAGUGCGCUUCUUCGCCUGCCCCAGCAAAGCAGGUUUUUUUGGUAAUAUAAUGAACAUUAUUGAUAUUGUUGCUAUCAUCCCUUACUUCAUUACCCUUGGCACAGAGCUAGCAGACAGGCCAGAGGAUGGUCAAGCGGGUCAGCAAGCCAUGUCUUUAGCCAUUCUCAGGGUCAUCCGUUUGGUGCGAGUCUUCAGAAUUUUCAAGCUCUCACGUCACUCCAAGGGGCUUCAGAUUUUGGGUCAGACCCUGAAAGCCAGCAUGAGGGAGCUCGGCCUGCUCAUUUUCUUCCUCUUCAUUGGAGUCAUCCUAUUCUCAAGCGCUGUCUACUUUGCCGAAGCGGAUGAGCCCGAGUCGCAGUUCGAAAGCAUCCCAGAUGCGUUCUGGUGGGCCGUGGUGUCCAUGACAACAGUCGGCUAUGGUGAUAUGGUGCCAACUACGAUUGGCGGCAAGAUUGUGGGUUCCCUCUGUGCCAUUGCAGGUGUGCUGACCAUUGCCUUGCCCGUACCUGUCAUUGUGUCCAACUUCAACUACUUCUACCAUCGCGAGACUGAAGGUGAAGAACAGGCGCAGUACCUGCAGGUCAACGUCCCCAAAACCGAUUCAGCCGAGGAGCUGAAGAAGAGUCGGAGUGGCUCCACCAUCAGUAAAUCGGACUAUAUGGAGAUCCAGGAGGCUGUGAACAACAGCAACGAGGACUUUCAGGAGGAGAACCUUAAGACGGCCAACUGCACCCUGGCCAACACAAACUAUGUAAACAUCACCAAAAUGCUCACAGAUGUGUAGUCAUCUGCGAUUUUCCUCCAUGUCACAGUGGGAAAUGUGGAGCUGAGCAACAGGACGGGACAGGUGUACAGCCUCCCACCUCACGUGUGCUGUAAAAAUCAAGGCAAUAGAAUUCAGGAUGUUGAUGACGAUACACAGUGAAAAACAAAAAAAAAAUUACAGAGACCAUCCACUCACUUCGCGCUCAUCCUGUCUUCACUCCUCAAAACUUGCCCUUAAAACUCCUGAGAACUGUCAAACAGAGAGAAAUUUCCAAUUUUGCAUUUCUGCAUGGAGUUGGCUUUGUCUGUGUGGCUGUUUUAAAAAAACAAAACAACAACAAAAAAAAACAACUAAAGAUUCCCUGCUCACAACAGUAGCCAAGAGUAGUGCACAAAAAGAAAAGAAAAAAGGGAGAAACACAACAAGAAAAAAAUGAUUUAUUGCUCUCAAAGAGGAAAAAAAAAACACAACAUAAACCCUGCUUUAGUCCCAUCAUUUCCCAAGGCACACUGCUCUGCCAUGCGCUUUCUGAAGAGCCCUACUUGUGCGCUACAUAUGCUGCUUCCCAGAGCCAAUGAAACAAAAACUGUCUUAUGCUUCACCAUUUUAGAAACAAGAGGAUGCGUGAGCAUAAAGUAAGCUCACUCCUGCGCUGAUAUGGCCUGUGGGUGACUUGUGACGAGGUUGGUGUUUAAGUACACCACGUUAUUUCAAGGAUGAAUGACAGCCAUCAGCGUUAAGCUCAUGGUUCGACACCUUUUUUUCCCAGCAGGCAUCAGUAUCUGAUGAAUGACUGAGAAUGGCCUUGACUUUUCACUGCUUUGGUCUUACAUGUACUGUAUGUAUUGCAAUGCAAGCUUUUCCCCUUCCAUUCACCCAAAACUGGUCUUACUGCAGAGCUUUGAGGACAACUUGAAUGUUUCUUCUUGUUUUGUUUGUUUUUCACAGUUUCUCACACAGACACACACACACACACAUGAUACUUACUCAUAUAGAUAGGUAGGUUAACUGUGACAUAACUGAUAGCCGGUAGGUAGGUAGGUGCUGUUAGUAGUAAACAUAGUAGUUAAUUGCAUGACAUUUUUAUCUGAAUGAGAAUUUCCACUUGUUUCUCGACUGCCACUUGCUUCAUCACAUCACUGUAUAUUUGUCUGUACACUGCCUUCUAUAAAAAUCCACACUUUUAAAUGGAUGCCUGCAGGUAGCUGUUAAGAGAAACCUAAAGCUGUACGUUAGAGAAUUUCUUAAGGAAUAAUCAUACGCCCAAAUCCUACACUUAACAGGAUGCGGUUUCCUUCUUGUUCAAUAUUAACAUUCCAUGUAGAUGCCAUUGCUGUUAAACUUUUUUGCCAGGUCGCUGUAAACGUACCACAGCUGAGCUGUGAUUUCAGGCGUAAAAGUCACACUCUAGUUUUGGACAUUAAUCCCAGCUGCAGAUGUGAUAGACUUGCAGUGCUGUCUUUUUCACAGGUUUGUCACAUGAUCACGUCCUCAUGAUCAAAAUAGCAACUUUUAAGGACUCGUGUAUUGAAUAAUGCUCCCCGCCCCGAACUGCCUUUUAUCUGGGUUUACGCUACUCUACUAGUGUUGCAUGACCUCAAAGACAUUCCUAGAAGCAUGCAUUUAAGCUCAAAGAAGAAGCCGCUGAGACUAAAAAAAAGUAUAAUUAUUACAAUAGAUAUAUUUAUUUCUUAUAUAUAUAUAUAUAAAAUAUAUGUAUACAGACAUAUACAGUACACGUACUUUUAUCGGAGAAUUAAAAAGAACUUUAAAUAGCAAUGUUUAAGAGAAAGCGAGAGUCUUUCCACAAUGCACAGAUCAUUGCCAUGUUUUUAUUUUUAAUGACAAUAAUGUUCUGAGUACUGUUUCUAUGUUCUCCUGUUUCAGAGCUUGUUCAGAGUGCCAAAAACACUCUUACUAGCCCUUUCAAAAGCAUUGUCUUUACUGGUGAGUUUUGCAAGCAAGCCUCACUCGCCUCCUGAAUUUAGAGUUUGCUUCACUUAGUUCAAACUUUCCUUCUGUGAAGUAGUUGUUGAAAGGCUGGACGUUAUAUCAAACUGUAUCAUCCCUAUAAGCAGAAUCUUGUAACAAAAAACGUUUUAUUAGCGUUGUUCAGAAUUUAAAACGGAGUCUGGCUUUCUUCUGAGAAGUCUUUGAUGCCAGGAGCUCAAUUGGUCCUUAAAAGCUGGCAUCAAAUGUGAAUUAGGUUCUGAUUCUAGGAUUGUGUCCAGCUGAGAUUCUCCACCGUUUGCUCAACACUGCCAAGGUCACAGUCAAAGGCAGUAACGUCAAUAUGGGAAGUGAUAAUUUAGCAGCAGUGUAGCAGAUAUUGGCUAUCCUAGGAGUCCUCUGACUUCACUCCUGAGUCUCUUGCCUUUCUCCAUCUUUUCACAGAUGUCUUAGGUAAUUAGAAAGGUGAUGGAUUAGGAAAAGGUCCGUAGCAAAGAACUGUCUAAAUGAAUUCUGUCAUGCAAGGAUGUACAUCUUUAUUCUUAGGGUUUCAUUCUGCUCACUACAGUCUUUAACCUGCAGUAGCAAAAUGUUUUUACGCCAUUGCUGCCAAUAUGUGCUCAGGAUGCCUCGUCCAACUGCCUGACAUGAGGCUUCUGAAGCCGUCUCUCCGUCCAGAUCCGUGUCUGCUUUCAUGUAACUUCGAUAGGAUUUUUAGAGAAUUUUAGUAAAUAAAGUGAAGCAGUUAUAUUUGUUGCUUUCCCAAGAGUAGCAUAAAGGUGGAUUGAGAUAGGUAGGACCAGAUUAAAUAGUUGUUCAGCAAUAUUCUCAUAAUCCUUUGGUGGAGGGGGUCUGUGUGGAGAACAUAGAUGUUUGUUUGUUUAAAAAAAAAAAAAAAAAAAAAAAAAAAGGGAUCAACAUUUAUGGACGUCCACAGUCCAAUCAAGAUCUUAUUGAUCAUCAGUUGAGUAUUGAUGUGGGUGUGUUGAUGCAAAGCUAUGUAGAAGCUGUCUGUGCUUCAGUGUGUGUGUGUGUGUGUGCGCGCGUGUGUGUAGAGAAAGCGAACGAACCACUGAAUGUCAGUGUCUUAGCCUCGUUGUACAGCUGCAUUUAUGCAACAGCCAUUUGCAUAUCUGUAUAUGUGGAAAAAAAAAACACUCACAGUCUGACCAAAAAUAUUUGUCUAUGCAUGCAAAUGCAUCAUAUCUUAUCGUCUUUCAUUACAUUUCUUUAGACAGAUAUUUAUGAUAAGAUAGAUAUUGCAGGUGUCUGCAACAGUUAUCUUAUCUUGUUAUGUUUUGAAAUCGGGCACAUUACUGUACCUCAACCAAAUUCACUGUAGCAACUCAUUUAGUGGACUUCACAAUGUGACACUUAUUUC